AUGGACAAGAUCAAGAUGAAGCUACCGAACCCUAUAAGAGACUGGCAACGCAGAAGCUCCGUUGAGCAGACAUCGCAAAACGUCGACGAACAUGCUGGCUACGAUAAUACCCCACUUCCGAGGUUGACAUGGAAGAGUUUCUGGAUGGUGCCCAGCACAACUACCUUCGCUCCAGCUGAAUGUCUUAGCUAUGACACUGGUCAGAUCUCUGGGUUCCUUGGUAUGGUCGACUUCCUUCGACGCUUCGGUCAGAGGCAUGCAGAUGGCACGCCAUACUUCUCCAACGUACGAUCUGGACUCAUCGUGGGUCUAUUGUCUAUUGGUACAUUGUUUGGUGCUUUGAUUGCGGCACCAAUCGCAGACAGGAUUGGGCGGAAGAUGAGCAUCAUAUGGUGGUGUGGUAUCUUCUCUGUGGGCAUCAUCGUCCAGAUUGCUGCCACAGAUGAGUGGUAUCAGGUCAUGAUGGGCAGGUUCGUUGCCGGUCUCGGUGUUGGUGCACUCAGCCUACUCGUACCCAUGUACCAAGCGGAGACAGCACCUCGACAUAUCCGCGGAGCCUUGAUUUCCACCUACCAACUCUUCAUCACAUUCGGAAUCUUCCUGGCCGCAGUCUUCAAUUACGCUGCGGAACGCCACCAAUCCGGUAAAGCCGCAUCCUGGCAGAUCACCCUCGGGCUCUCCUUCGUACCUGCAGCUAUUCUCGCGGUAGGUAUUCUGGGCUUCUCCGAAACACCUCGGUUCAACUACCGUCAUGGUAAGAUCGACCAGGCCACCGCAACCAUGUCGAAAGUAUAUGGGGUACCAACCAACCAUCAGAGCAUUCAGCUAGAGCUUGAGGAGAUGAGGGUCAAGCUCGAAGCCGAAAGCAAGCUUACCAACGGACCCAUACAAGAAUGGUUGGGGGCCAACUACUUUUUCUACUACGGUACCGUAGUCUUUGCCGGCACUGGUAUCAAGAACUCGUUCGUUACGCAGAUGAUCUUGAACGGUAUCAACUUCGGCGUCACCUUCUACGGUCUUUACAUCGUCGAGCACUACGGUCGUCGCAAGUCGCUCAUUGCCGGCUCAUGCUGGAUGUUCAUCUGCUUCCUCAUCUUCGCUUCUGUCGGUCACUUCGCCCUUGAUCGCGACAACCCGGAAAAUACCGAAAGCGCAGCCACAGCGAUGAUAUGCUUUGCUUGUUUCUUCAUCUUCGGGUUUGCGACAACGUGGGGUCCGAUGAUCUGGACAAUCUGCGGAGAGUUAUACCCCAGCCGCUAUCGCGCGAAAGCCAUGGCUCUAUCAACGGCAUCGAACUGGCUGUGGAACUUCCUUCUCGCAUUCUUCACGCCCUUCAUCACUGGUGCCAUAGAUUUCCGCUAUGGCUACGUCUUCGCCGGGACAAACAUCCUAGGUGGCCUUAUCGUAUAUUUCUUCGUCAUCGAAGGCAAAGGGCGCACACUCGAGGAAAUCGAUACGAUGUACCUGAUGGGCGUCAAGCCAUGGGAAAGCGCAAAAUGGGUCGUUCCCAGCCUGGAAGAGAUGAGCGGAGAUAUGAGGGUUAAGCUCGAGUCCGCAAACCCGGAGUUGGCGCUCAGGAAAGAGACUAACGGAGGGACGGCUGAUGACAAUGCUAGUGUGAGGCACGAAGAGGAUAGCGAGGCGAUUCGCGGGAGUGAGGCUAUAUGGGACGGGAGUGAAGAGGGGUUGAGGGAGAAAUCCGAGGUCGAGCCGUAG